AGCGCCCACGGCCGGCGCCGCGCCAGCGAGCCCGGAACCUGCAGGCAGCGGGGGUCGCGUGGCGGGUGGUGCGGCCGGUGGGGGCGGUCGGGGCGGUGAAGGGCGGGGAGCGGCCGCGGGGCAGGAAGGAAGCGCCGCCGUUGCUGCUGCUGCUGCCGCCGCCGCCGGAGGAGCGCUUCGGCCGCCUCCCGCGGGCAUCCCUCUUCCGUGAGCGCCCUGUGCAUACUCCGACUCCCCAGCCGCGGCUGGGCUGUGUUGCGGGGGCAGUUUGGGUUUCCAUGAUUGCAGUAAUUCACCUGAGGAGGAAGUGCGGCGAUUGGUGCUGAAGCGGUAGGUGUGCCAUGCAGGGAGCGGAAGGUUGUAAGGACAUUCUGUGUUACUGAAAGAAGGUGCUGCUGUUUGUGGAGUGAUUUAUGAUGUCAAGAACUGUAUCAUCCUGGAUCUUAAGCUCAGCAAGAAAUAACAUUGUUUUACAAGGAAAAGGACGUUUGUACUCCAUCUGUAUCCCAAACAGAAACAGGAUAAAAUGGAAGCUUGUUUUCUCCAAAACACAUCUCCACCCUGCUGGGAGCUGCAGCUUAGACAAUACUUGCUCCUUAAAAAAGGCAUUCCGACACACUUCCACAGAAGAAGAGCACUUCUCUUUCCAGUUGUCUCCAUCACAAAUCAAUGAUAUACUCAGAGCAGGUGAAUUAUCCCAUAAAAUACUGGAUUUGAAUGGUAAAAAUGUAAAUUCUGUGUUGAGGUUUGAAAGUAACCAAUUGGCAUCCAACACCCCUAUUGAAGAUCGCAGAAGUGCAGCUACUUGCUUGCAGACCAAGGGGAUGAUGUUUGGAGUCUUCGAUGGUCAUGCAGGUUCUGCAUGUGCUCAGGCAGUGAGUGAGAGGCUACUUCAUUAUAUAGCAGUUUCUCUCAUGUCUCGGCAAACCUUGGAAGAGAUUGAGCUUGCUGUGGAGCACAUGAAACCAAUUCUGCCUAUUUUGCAGUGGCACAAGCAUCCAAAUGAUGUACAGUAUCAAGAAAUAACUUCACAAUAUUUUGAAAACCUCCGGGUUUACUGGCAACAUUUACUGGACCUAGAUGCUGAGCCAGGAUUUAGUUUAGAAGAAGCCAUGAUAUGUGCAUUCAAAAGGCUAGACUCGGACAUAUCACUGGAAGUUCAGGCUCCACAGGAAAAUGAAUUGAUAAGAAAUAUUGCCCUUCAAGUAGCUUUUUCUGGUGCAACAGCCUGUGUAGCUCACAUUGAUGGUGUUCACUUACAUGUUGCAAAUACUGGUGAUUGCAGAGCCGUUCUAGGGGUUCAUGAAGAAGAUGGAACGUGGUCUACUGUCCCUCUAACCCGAGACCACAAUGCUUUUGAUGAAUUUGAAAUUAGAAGACUGAAGAGAGAACAUCCUAGAUCUGAGGAGAAAACCCUCUUUGUGAAUGACAGAUUACUGGGGAUUCUGAUGCCCUCCAGAGCUUUUGGAGAUGUGCAAUUAAAAUGGAGUAAAGAAUUGCAACACAGUGUUCUUGAGAAUAGCUGUGAUGCUGAGGCUUUAAAUAUUUAUCAGUAUGUUCCUCCAAACUACUAUACACCCCCUUAUUUAACUGCAGAGCCUGAAGUUACAUACCACAAAUUAAGAAGCAAGGAUAAGUUUCUCGUUAUUGCUUCAGAUGGACUAUGGGAGAUGCUAAGUAAUGAGAAGGUUGUACAACUUGUUGCUGGACAGCUUACAGAGCUAAAUGUGCAGAAACCACAACUGGCUUUUGAGAAGCCAGUUAAUCUGGGUUAUAUGCACAGCUUGUUACUUCAGAGGAAAAACAGAGGCAUUGCCUCCCUUGACCAGAACGUAGCUACUCAUUUAAUAAGGCAUGCAAUUGGAAGUAAUGAGUAUGGGGAGGUGGACCAAGAGAAACUUGCUGCAAUGCUGACACUGCCUGAAGACCUUGCAAGAAUGUACAGAGAUGAUAUCACCGUUACUGUGGUGUAUUUUAAUUCAGAAACAAUUGAAAAUUACCAUAGAAACGAUGAAUAGAGCCUUGUACUGCUGUGUUUCUCUGAUAGUCAAGCUGUUAUACCAGCGUUCUGGUCUGGAAGUUCUAAACCUCUUUGUUACUUACUAGUCUUGAAAAUAACUUCUUAGAAGUGAGUUUGGUGAAAGUUCCCUGGGUUUCCAGGUCUGUACACACUGAAGAAAAAUGUUUUGAUAAAAUUUCACUAAAAUAUAACUGAAGUAAAGAUUGCUGACCUGGCUCUGAUUCCACUGGAACCAACGGUAAAACUUUCCAAAUGAACAAAUGAGGCAAAUUUCACUGAGGCUGGUACAAUUUAAUAGUGAGAUGGACAAUACUUGUAGCUGCAUGGAGUGUUAGAAAGGCUCUGCUCUUGUGGGAAAUGAGUAGCAUUCUACUGAAGCACUGUAACUGACUUAAUUAAAUAAACAAACUACCAAACCUUUAUUUGAUAUAACAGUGUCAGAUACUUUAAUGAGUUGCCUUGUAUAUGUGAAGACCACACUAAAGAAGGCUGUUCAAAGAGC